AAGAAAAAGAUGGGUCUAGGCGGAUCAUAGUUGCGGAGCAGACCGGAGCGACCCGGUUUAAUGGUCCAUAUUGCAGUAAAACUGAGAGAGAGAGUGUUCAGUCUUCUUCAUCAGCUUGACCGUGAAUUCAAUACCUCAAACUCGAAAACAUAAAUUUACUAGAGCAAAUUUUCUGCUAUCCUUUAAUUAGAGCUGUGAAAUUUGUUAUCAAAGAAUGCAAAUGAAGAAGCUUAUAGAAUUCGGGAGAAAAGCAAUGUUCUAUAUUAGGGUUCUGUCAGGUUAUGAAGAGCGUAGAAUUCGAUCUUAUCGAUUGCAACUUCAACAGCGUCUUCAACAGGCGGAAGAGAGGAAGGCAGCAGUAAGGAAGAUUCCCGAACAGAUUAUUUUAUCAGAAGUUAAGCGCAUGGUGGAAGAGAUGCAAGCUUUGAAUAAGAAGUUAGAAGAUACUGAGGUUGCGAUACAUGAAUAUUUUAAGCCUUUAGACCAGCAAGCAGAGGAAGUAAUGAAAAUGCAGCUUAAGGGAGACGAAAGGAGAAAAGAUGAGCUGAUGGAGGCCAUGCAAAGGCAAGCACUUCUUGAGAUGGCUAACGCAGAGAAACUUAAAAACAUGCAAAUCCAGGGCACAAACACAAAUGUCCAAGAGAAAACAUCCAGAGAGACUCAAUCAGAAGCAAGAUAGUUUUGUAGGGUAUGAAGUGGUUCGUGAAAUUGGUACCGUAGGAGUUCAUAUAAUUUUGCUUCUCAGAAUGUCAUUAUUUUGGCAAUGCAAGAGAGGAAUCCGGACUUGUCCUAAGCAUCUGAUGAAUUUGUAACAAAUAAAGAGAAAUAGGAAUCCUCCUCGUUCAUUAAAAACACAUGCCAACGAGAAAUAGGAAUCCUCCUUGUUCGUUCAAAAACACAUGCCAAUUUUUGUAGUAUGUUUUACAUUGACGUUUUCUCUUCCCUGCAAUAUGGUGUUCUGUUCCUGUAAAACCAUCCCGAGUUCUGCUUUAUCUUGGUCAGAUGAUUAGUUUCAUUCUGAGAA